ACUAUCCAUCACUAUCCAUCACUACAUAUCACUGUCCAUCACCACCCAUCACUAUCCAUCACUAUACAUCACUGUCCAUCACUACACAUCACUAUCCAUCACUACCCAUCACUACCCAUCACUACACAUCACUACACAUCACUACCCAUCACUAUCCAUCACUACACAUCACUAUCCAUCACUGAACAUCACUAUCCAUCACUACAGAUCACCGUCCAUCACUACCCAUCACUACACAUCACUAUCCAUCACUAUCCAUCACUAUCCAUCACUAUCCAUCACUCCACAUCACUGUCCAUCACUAUCCAUCACUACAUCACUGUCCAUCACUACCCAUCACUAUCCAUCACAAAACAUCACUGUCCAUCAAUACACAUCAUUAUCCAGCACUACACAUCAUUAUCCAUCACUAUCCAUCACUGUCCAUCACUACACAUCAUCACUACACAUCACUAUCCAUCAUCACACAUCACUGUCCUUCACUACCAAUCACUAUCCAUCACUACACGUCACUUUCCAUCACUAUCCAUCACUAUACAUCACUGUCCAUCACUAUACAUCACUGUCCAUUACUAUCCAUGAUUAUUCAUCACUAAUCAUCACUAUUCAUCACUAUUCAUCACUAAUCAUCACUAUUCAUCACUAUUCAUCACUAAUCAUCACUAAUCAUCACUAUCCAAUCACUACACAUCACUAUCCAUCACUACACAUCACUAUCCAUCACUACACAUCACUGUCCAUCACCACCCAUCACUAGACAUCACUAUCCAUCACUAUCCAUCACUACACAUCACUAUCCAUCACUAUACAUCACUUGUCCAUUACUACAAGUCAUUAUCCAUCACUACAUCACUAUCCAUCAUUAUACAUCACCAUCCAUUACUACAACAUCAUUAUCCAUCACUACAUCACUGUCCAUCACUCACAUUACUAUCCAUCACUACACAUCACUACACAUCACUAUCCAUCACUAUCCAUCACUACUCAUCACUGUCCAUCACUUCCCAUCACUACACAUCACUACACAUCACUGUCCAUCACUACCCAUCACUAUCCAUCACUACCCAUCACUGUCCAUCACUACACAUCACUACCCAUCACUAUCCAUCACUACACAUCACUACACAUCACUACCUAUCACUAUCCAUCACUACACAUCACUGUCCAUCACUACCCAUCACUAUCCCUCACUACACAUCACUACACAUCGUCCAUAUCUACUCAUCACUAUCCAUCACUACACAUCACUGUCCAUCACUACCCAUCACUAUCCACCAUUACACAUCACUACACAUCACUACACAUCACUAUCCAUCAUCCAUCCAUCAUCCAUCACUACCCUGCACUGUCCGUCACUACACAUCACUACAUCACUACCCAUCACUAUCCAUCACUACACAUCACUGUCCAUCAAUACCCAUCACUAUGAAAUCACUACACAUCACUGUCCAUCACUAUCCAUCACUAUCCAUCAGUAUACAUCACUGUCCAUCACUACACAUCACUGUCUAUCACUAUCCAUAUCUAUCCACCACUACACAUCACUAAACAUCACUGUCCAUCACUGCCACAUCACUAUUCUUUUCAUUGCUUGA